AUGUCGCAAGAUGACAUACGACGUGAGCUUGAAGAAUAUGCAUUCUAUGAUACCAUGUCACAGUUCAAAAUGGCACAAAGGUCGUGUGCAAUGCGUGGCGAUUGUCAGGAUUGUGUUACACCACUGCUGUUAUCAACAUUAGGAACUGCCACAGUGAUAGGAUUGGUCAUUGCUUUAGUUAUUGAUGAGUUAUAUCAACAAGAGGAAAAAGCAGAGAAGAUUUACAUGUCACCAUCUCAGUUCGAACACAAAGGAAUUAUUGACGUCGAGGGAACUGCUGAGGAAUUUCAUUUGGAUGUAAUUGACGAGAACGACGAAGUUGAUGACAAUCCACCAGACAAACAUUUCACGUUCACAACCUAUCGUAAUGAAGUUUACGAUAUUGGAUCAGAGAUUGAGAAGGCACCAUCGGUUCCUCAAUCAACAACCGUUAGCAAGGAAUUAUAUUAG